AUGCGGGAGAGAGACUCACGCUGGGAUCUCUCAGACGCCAAUGUUCUCUGUCAUCACCUCGACUGUGGAGUCGCUGUGUCGGUGCCAGGAGGAGGGCACUUUGGGAAGGGAACCGGCUCUGUCUGGGCAGACACAUUUCACUGUAAAGGGACUGAACCCCAUUUGGGGCACUGUCCUGUCACUGCCCUGGGGGCCUCUCCGUGCUCACACGACAAUGAUGCCGGUGUGGUUUGCUCAGGCCCAGGUCUCGCUGGGGCACUGCAGCUGCUGAGUGGAGAUGGCCGAUGCGACGGCAGAGUGGAGAUUUCCCUCCGAGGUGUGUGGCACAGGGUGCUGGAUGACCAGUGGGACAUGAACGAUGCCAGCGUGGUCUGCAGGCAGCUCCAGUGUGGAGCAGCUGAGAGAGCUUAUAGCCCUUCUAUAUCUCAGCGAGGAAAAGGCCCUGUGGGGCUGAGAAGGGUCCAGUGUGCAGGGAACGAGACUCGUCUGGCUAACUGUGACAUCUCCAUGUCAGAGACACCCCAGGCAGGAGCUGCUGAGGACGUCGGUGUUAUUUGCUCAGGGAGCAGGCGGAUCAGGCUGGCGAAUGGGCCGGGUCGCUGUGCCGGGAGAGUGGAGAUUUAUUACAAUGGCACCUGGGGGACAGUCUGUGACGAUUCCUGGGACCUGCCGGACGCCGAUGUCGUUUGCAAACAGCUGGGAUGUGGACACGCCCUCAAUGCAACUGUCUCUGCUCAUUACGGGCAAGGGUCCGGGCAGAUCUGGCUGGACGAUGUGAAGUGCUCUGGGAACGAAUCCGAUCUCUGGGCCUGUCCUUUCGCACCCUGGGGCCAGCACAACUGCAGACACAAGGAGGACGCGGGAGUUCUCUGCUCAGAGUUCACAGACCUGCGGCUGGUGAUUGGCAGUGACUGUGCCGGGCGGCUGGAGGUUUUCUACAAUGGGACGUGGGGCAGCGUUUGCUCCAAUCAGAUGUCUGGAGUCACCCCGUCAAUCAUCUGCAAGCAGCUGAACUGUGGGGACAAAAGGAAUAUCGAGUCUGGCCCUGAGUAUGGAGAAGGUUCUGGUCCCACAUGGCUGGACCAUGUAACAUGCCGUGAGCAGCACAGCUCCCUUUGGCAGUGCCCCUCCCGCCCGUGGGAACAGCAGUCGUGUGAUAACCGUGAGGAAGAGACUCAUAUCACUUGCACUG